AUGAAAAGAAGUAAAAUUAAUUAAUUUAUUAUAUUUAUAUCAAUGUUGAUUCAUCUAAUUUAUGUAGUAUUAAACAUACUCAUAAUUUUCAAUGACUUCUUUGAUGUAAGUUUGCAACAUCAAAUUUUCCAUCUACUCCUUUGGAUCACAAUAGGUGUUUAGGUAUACAAGUAUACCUUAUAGUGGGUUUUAUAAGAUAAAGAAAAAGCAGAAUCUGUGUUUAUGGAAAAUAUUCAAAAAUUGACUUCAUUAAGCAAACUACCUGAGACUUUGUUAAGAUAAUACAUUAUGCCAUAAUUAAUUGAUGCUAUUACCCUAAAGAAUAUAUAACACACUGUGGCUUUCUUUAUCGCUUUAAAUUUAGGAAUAUCCUAUUUGUCAUUGUUCCUAACAAAUAAGGCAGUAAGAAGUAUUUCAUUACAUCUAUUGUAUGGGUUAUAUUAUCAUUAUAAUAAAAACUAAUAACCAUAUCAAUUUUGGAUUUAAAGAAUUAAAAAAAUCAUUUCAGAGAAAUAUGAUGCUUUAAUAAGCAAGAUUUAAAAGUAAAAAGUGUGAUAUUUGGUUUUAUUUUAUAUAUACAUGUAUAGAAUAAAAUUCCUAUAUAUUUCAUAA